AUGCAGGACGCAUUUCUCGUCGAGGGUAAUGUAAUCCAGACAGACGGCGGGCAAAUGACCAAGAAACACGAGAGUAUACCCAAGCAGGAGCACGUUAAGAGAUGGCUCCCAGAUGACCACCGCGUGCACAAAGACUGGCUCAAAGGCCUCGUCUCGGAGGUUGACGGCCACCCCGACAAGCCCCUGCACCCCGUGCUGCAGGAGUUCAAGGACCUGAUCGAGAAAAACACCCGCGUCUACAUGCUCUUCCAGUCCAUGUUCCAGCAGAUUCCGAAAAAGAAACCCUACCGCGACUCGCCCACCGGCCACCCCCAGAUCCGCGACUACGAGCACCUCCUCCAGGUCCUCAACCGUGUCCUCACCAGCGCCCCCUCGUGGAAUGACCGCUCCAACCGCCUCGGCCUCGUCGGCGUCCCCAUCAGUGCCAUCCUCGACUGGCCCAUGGGCACCCCCAGCGGCUUCGCCGCCUUCCUUGACCCGGACGUCAACGCCAUGAUCAAGAAGGUGCUCAACGCCUGGAGCGAAUACCUCUGCUCGCCCGAGUCGGCCUCCGUCCUGGACGACUCUGCCAGCGGCUGGUUCAACGCCCACGGCGUCCACGAGCUGACUGCCGUCGCCAACGUCGGCGUCACUACCUACUCCUUCGACCAGCUGUUCGACUGCGACCCGGCCGCGCCGCACCACGGCUACAGGUCCUGGGACCACUUCUUCACCCGGACGUUCCGCGACGGCGUGCGCCCUGUUGCGUCGCCGGAUGACCCUCGAGUCAUUGCCAACGCUUGCGAGUCGCAGCCGUACAAUAUCGCGACGGACGUGAAAGCCCGGGACCAGUUCUGGAUGAAAGGCCAGCCCUACUCCAUCCGCGACAUGCUAGCGCACGAUCCCCUGGCGGAGCAAUUCGUCGGUGGCACCGUAUACCAGGCUUAUCUCAGCGCGUUGAGCUACCACCGCUGGCACGCGCCCGUCAGUGGGACGGUGGUCAACGCCUACGUCGUCGACGGGACGUACUACUCGGAACCGCUGUUUGAAGGACUGGGGGAUCCAGACCCAGAUUCGCACGGCAUCGACGUCAGAGGCGAAACGACCUCGCAAGGUUAUCUCACAGCGACGGCGACGCGGGCGCUGAUCUUCAUCGAAGCCGACGACCCGGCCGUGGGGCUGGUGGCCUUUGUCGGUGUAGGCAUGGCCGAAGUGUCGACGUGCGACAUUACCGUGUCGAAGGGGCAGAGGGUGAAGAAGGGUGACCAGAUCGGCAUGUUCCACUUUGGAGGGUCGACGCACUGCCUGGUGUUUCGGAAAGGAGUUCAUGUCACUGGAUUUCCGCGCCUGGGGAGGGAAGAGAAUGUGCCGGUCAAGAGUCAGCUAGCGGUAGUUUCUUGUGUAUAA